AUGAACAACUAUAGUAAAUCCAUUCACAAGACUCAGUCUGAGCCAGAGUCUGCACAGUCUGUCCAGCCAUGGUAUAGAAAAUUGUCCAUUGAAGAGGGUGGCAUUGAACGGGUCACCGAUGAGGAACGGCUGCAGAAUACAACUAAGUUUUGGAAUGCUGCUACUUUCUGGUUCAGUGCCAAUAUGGCUGUGGCUACCCUCAACAUCGGCUCCCUAGGAGGCUCACUGGGCCUCUCCUUCUGGGACUGCUUCAUCGUCAUCCUGGUAGUAAACACAACAAGCGAUUUGCUUCCAGCAUGGACAGCGGUAUUUGGAUUAACGGGCUUGCGCAUGACAACUUUCUCACGGUACUCAUUCGGUUAUUGGGGAAAUAUACUCGUUGUCAUAUUCUCAAUGAUAGCAACAACAGGCUGGAACGCCAUAAACUCCAUCUCCGGCGCCGCCGUCCUCAACGCCCUUUCUAACGGCCGGUUCCCUACAUGGGCCGGAGUGAUUGUUAUAUGUGUAUCGGUGUGGGUGAUAUGUAUAUUGGGUAUUAGCUGGAUUCACAGACUAGAUACCUUUAUCUGGAUUCCCCCUUUGAUUGUGUGGUGUGUGGUAGCUGGCACGGGUGCGUCUCACUUUACUGGAGAUGACCAUGUCGGUCUGAAAGGAUCUGAUAAGGCUGCCGCUAUACUGACCUAUGGAGCUUCGAUCUUUUCUUUUUCUGUUUCCUGGGUGAACUGUGCUGCGGAUUAUAAUGUGCGCAUGCCUAAAGGUACGCCGCAGUGGCAUAUCUUUAGUGCUACUUAUGUGGGCAUUUUCGUUCCUACUGUUCUUGUUCAGACCCUUGGAGCUGCAUUAUAUACAGGGACUGUGACUGAUGCAGCGUGGAAGGAGGCAUAUACAGCUUCUUCUAUUGGUGGUCUUCUCAAGAUGGCAUUGGAGCCUGCUGGGGGAUUCGGUAAGUUCUUGAUGGUUCUAGCAGCGUUAAGCUCUAUCCCAAACAAUGUCCCAAAUAACUACUCUUUUGCCCUCCAUGCACAGAACAUGGGGCCAUGGGCUAUACGUAUCCCCCGUGUGGUUCUAGUCACAUUCGGAUCCAUCGCAGCGGUGAUCAUUGGCUGUUGUGCAGCUAAAUAUUUCUCUGAUACUCUGCAAACAUUGCUUAGUGUCAUCGGAUAUUGGACUGUGAUUCAUAUCACACUGGUCAUGGAAGAGCAUUUUAUUUUUCGGAGAGGAUGGAAUGGAUAUGAUCUUGAUGCCUGGAACAGCAUCGCUGGCCUGCCGUUUGGAUGGGCAGCCAUAGGAGCAUUUUGCUUUGGCUUCCUGGGUGCGGCACUUGGCAUGAAGCUGGCAUGGUACUCAGGUCCAAUUGCAUCUUUGAUUGGUAGCAGAGGCGCAAAUAUUGGGCAUGAAUUGACAUUUGUUUUUUCGGGUGUCGCUUUUCCACUGUUUCGGUGGAUUGAGAAACGCCGUGGAGGCCGGUGA